CAGAGGUUGCGGUCGCCGCUAGAGAUCUGAUGCACGAGUGGACCUUACACUGACGGCACCAUGUCUCAGCACAGCGACGAACAACAUGCUUCUGCCUCUUCUGACUCAUUUUGGGAGAUCGGAAACUACAAACGGACAACAAAGCGCAUCGAGGAUGGCAACAGACUUUGUGAUGACCUGAUGCGUCUGGUGCAGGAGAGAGCUGAGAUCGAGAAGCUCUACGCCAAACACCUUAAAGAAUGGAGUAAAAAAUGGAACAACAUCAUCGAGAGAGAAGAAUCGCUGAUGAUGGGCCAACUGAAGGAGAAGCGUGACACAGAAGAGCUGUUCAAGAAGGCACAGAAGCAGUGGGCGAAGCUGUACGAGCGCGUGAACAAAGCUCGCCACGACUACCACACCGCCUGUAAGGGCGAGCGAUCAGCGCUCAACCACGAGCGUAACGCUACCGGAGACUCCGCCCUCUCCCCGGACCAGAAGCAUGUGUCGCCCAACAAUAUCAAGGUGAAGAAGCUACAAGAGCGCGUGAGUAAAGCUAAGGAAGACGUGCUCAAGAACAGAGAGAAGUACGAGGCCGCUCUCAAGGAGAUCAAAGACUACAAUCCUAAAUACGUCGAGGAAAUGACAGCUGUUUUCGACAAGGCUCAGGAAGGAGAAGAGAAGCGGCUACGGUUUUUCAAAGAAAUGCUAUUCAAUACACACAAAUGCCUCAAUAUUUCUGAAGAUCCAAGGUUACCGCGUAUAUACGAAGAGUUCCACCACACGGUAUCGAACGCAGACUUCGAGAAAGACCUGAAGUGGUGGAGCAACAACUACGGCGUCAACAUGCCCAUGAACUGGCCCGCAUACGAGGAAUAUAGCGAGGAGUUCCGCGACAUUAGCGGCAAGGGCAAGAAAGGCAUCGCUGCCAACAUCCCCGAGGGCGCCAUUACUCUCAUCAACCAACGCCCUGUCUCCGAUGAUCACCUACCGCCUGAAUACAACCCAGACCAACCACGCAGCAAGAAGCCUGGUGUUCGCUGCAACAGCGGUGGUGGUGGUGGUGGAGGUGGUGGUGGUAACAACACUAACAACCACGACACCAACGGCGACCAGCAGCCUCCCAACCACACCUCACCAACCUCCUCCAAAGCCUCAGACAACAGACAUUCUGCCAUCAGUGAGGUGGCUGGCGCCAGCAACCCUUUUGAAGGCUCCUCAGACUCCCUCCCCUCUAACAGCCCUGAGCCAAACAAAGAGGAAGACGACUGGGACUACAGUGAACGCGUCGACCCGAACAAGGAAGGCGUGCCUGUGAAGGCGCUGUAUGAUUACGAUGGCGUCGAGGCCGACGAGCUCACCUUCAAGUCUGGAGAAGAGUUUGAGAAGCUGGAAGACGAAGAUGAACAAGGCUGGUGCACAGGACGUAAGGAUGGCAGGAUUGGUUUGUAUCCUGCGAAUUACGUGCAAGUUAUUUAAGAUGACGCAGCGGUCGUGACGGCAAGGUUGAUGCUCCUGACGGGACAAGGCCAACACUUCACGGCAAGGUUGAUGCUCCUGACCAGACGCGGCCAACACGCAACUCAAGCACUGAGCUGCGCGACCAUCCGUUCCUGUCUACCGCCUCUCAUUUCCAUGCGCGAGUGUAGAGUGAAUAACAAGGCAAUGAUCGUGACCCGGGUCUCCCAUUUACCUCUGAAGAAAUACUUGCAAGUGGCUUCUGUUCUGUUAUAACUUGCUAAAUUUGGCCGUGUCUCCUUAUGACGCGUUUGGUUGAGUUUUAUAAAGACUUGAGCUCAUUCAGAUGUGAGUAAAUGGGCGGUAUUAGAUAAUUUCAUUCAAAUCCCGUGAACUUGAGACCUCAGUUUGUCUGUCUGUUCAAGGCCAAUAAUAUCAUGAAAUCCCACGAAGUUGCGGUUAUCUACACGCAAUUUGCGCCAUGUAUAAGCAGAAGUCACAGGUUUUCCUCAAUCACCGAAGAACCUUAAAUUCUCCGCUUGCUGACGUAAAAUCAACUUGCCUCCUUAUCGGUGCGAUCGUCAACAAAUCUGUAAAUUUUUUGCUAAUAUAUUUGCCCAUUGGCUCCUAAUUUAGUUGCAUUUGUUAUUAGCAACUGGAAGUUACCUGCAAUGCGUGCGUGAGUGACAGCUUCAUCUAAAGAAGUUAUAUAUUGUAUAAAAGCUUCGCGAAGAUAACUCUAAAGUGCCAAGAAGUAAACACUGUGCGUUUGUGAGCACGGAUGAGUUGCAGAAAAGCAAAAAUGAAUAUAUUGUCAAUUUGAUGAGUUUUAUUAUGAACUAACUGGUGUCAUUCUUAAGUCCGUCAUUUGAUUUCGUUGGUGUCCUGUAAUUGAAAGUUAGGCACUAGUGAUUGAUGCUGUUGCCGUGCCCUUUGUUCUGCGCUGCUGUAUUUGGUAUACGCUUUGCUCAAGAGUUUCUGCACCAGGCGUGAUGUCUUAUUAUUCAUUUAUGAAGGCACUUGCUUCGAAUCACAUGCCAUCUCCGUCACAUCUGGUGCCUCGAGAUGUCAAUUAUUUCGAGCCCGAGUUUGUGCGUGCGUCUUGUGUGCGAGAAAGUUAUUAGGUGGACUGUAUAUAAAUAUAUACGUAAAAAUAUUAUGCUUAUCAUGUAGCUUGUACAGACAUGUAAUUUGUAAGGCUCACCGUGCAUUUGUUAGGCGCAUGCCUCUUGAGUGGUUCUUCCCACGUCACAUUCUAUUGUAAGUAAUGUUUCCUUCGUUCUGACUGCCAGGUUGGAAAUGCAGCAUGAAAUUUGUGCUUGAGAACGGAUUUUCACGGUCAUUGUCCUGUGCCGGAGUAAAAAGCAUACUUUUUUCCCUUCAAAUUUUAAGUGCGUCCGUUUUAAAUGAGUUUACAUACAAGAAAGUUCUAGAAAUAUAGUAGUACCAAUUUGACUUAUUCCAAACUCCUCGAAUGUUGCGCCUUUCGUUGCAGCUUGGCAUUUAUGGUUGAAGUGCCGGACUGCUUUAUUUAGGUGUUGAUAAUGAGACGCUGAGCAUUAAACUCAACCAUGACUUGCCGCAUACCUCACGCGUCCUUAAUUCUUUCAUAAUCAAUUUCUCAAAUCUCUUUCCUCAUCUCUCGCUUGCUGCUCAUAUCUCAUUCAUUUUGUAUCUACAGUUCGAUGUGAGCUCGUUCUGAUAUUCAUCUUGAUUUAUAUAUUUUCUUACACUUGUUCUCUCCAGACUCUCAGCUGAUUUUUUCGUUAAAUGCCCAAAAAAUAAUUAUACGAUCAUAAUUUAGUGCUGUUACUGAACUUCCUGAGGAAUAUUUUGAAAAAUUUAUUCGAAUUACAUGACUUCUAAAUUUGAGUGGUUAGAUCUUUAAGCCUUAGAGCCACUGUUGGUCAAGUUUAUUGAUCCACGUUUAUCUUCUUUGAAAAAAAUUGCAAUUUAUUCGACGCAUUGCAAGUAGACGGUCAAAUAUUCUCUCAAACAUUCCUCAGAGCUGCAUAUUCUACUCGUCCGAAUAGCAAAGCUAUUCAAACGCCUUUAAUUCAACGCACUUUAUUCCGGCUCUGAUAAUAUAAUUGGCACUUGAAGGAUGACGCUGCUUCGUCUAUUCUAGUAGAAACAAUUAAUUAUUCUAGUAGAAACAAGAUAAUGACUGAAAUUUCACAACUAUGGGCUAUUGUUCGAGCUGCGGUGUCAUCAUGCUUGUUUGAGUUGCAUCCAUAUGAGGUAGGGUUCUUUCUUGCUUCUGUCAAUUUCAAUUGUGUUUUGUAAUGGUAAUGAGUAGUUUUGUACCACUUCCUUACGUUGAUUGCAACAGGUACCUGUAUUGGUCAGAAUUUGAUGUGUUGUGCUCUCCGGCAAGUAUGUUACUGCAAAUGAAAUCAUUUCACACAAUGGUUAUGCUAUAGCUUGGUGUGUUCAAUGCGUUCCGUCGUAUUGUGCAAAUGCAGUUCCCGAUGCUGUAACAGAAUUAAUUUUCUGGAGAAGCUAUAACUGCUCUGAGUCUGUUCCCUUUCCUGCGAACUUGACUUUGAGCAUCUCUGAAGCAGAAGUCAUCCAGUAGCAUUUACGAAGCUUAGUGCAAAUUUCUUCCUCGCUGAGGCUACGAAUAGUUAGUGCUCUAUAAGGAAGGUCAUGUUUGUGUGCAUUUUUUUGUGUGUUAAAACAAAGGCUGGUACAGCAGCCUGAUCUUCAAAAAGCCUCGUGUAAUGCGUAGCUCGCUUGCUCUGUCGUCUCGUAGCGCCUGGCGACGUUAAGACAGCGAGCCACGUUCGCUCUGAGAUGAGUACAUAUACGCACCUGAGCUGCCGUCAAUUUGAUUAAACUGACGCCAGAUUUGUUUCUAGUUUUAUAUCGUUUUUAGCAUAAAUGUUUGGGAGUUUGUUAAAUAACGUUUGGCCGGAAUUAUUAAAUGUUUUGUUCGUUCCAUGUUCAUCAUGUUAACGUUAAAUUGUUCAUGGUUAAUUUUGGUUUCUCACUCAAAUCUCACGACAUCCCGUCAAGAAUAGCAUGCGAGACCUCAUCCGUAAAAAAAUUCUUCUCCUGGAGCCUAAGAGAUAGUUAUUGAAGCCUUGGUAUAAAAAUCAAGAGCCAAAUGCGCUAUGUUUAUUUUCAGGUAAUUGCGAGCUACUGAUUAUAAAAUAAAACCGUGCUUCCCUUCACAAAGCGUAAGCAUAAACGGUUGUUUGCGAAUCAUCUUUCUAACGCAGACAUUAUGGGAACGGGGCAAAAUUUACUCUGCAUUUGAAUAUUUGAAUGCAUACUAUUUAAUAACUUGUGUCUGGUGAAUUAUGGAAGUCUUGCGUGUGUUGUUAGAAAAACACAAGUCUUUGCUGCUGUUCGUUAGAAAAAAUGUUGAUUGGUUUUGUGGUAUUUGCAUAUAAUUAUGAUCUGCAUUAAUGCUCUAUGUUUGGUAAUGAAUUGAUAAAGUACUUUAAAUUGCAAAUUCUAGAUUAGUUGUUGCUAAUGUGCAUAUCAGUUCAAAUCAGCUGAGACAUUUCUGAAUUCUGCUCGAAUUUUGAAACCAAAUGUUUUUCCGAACUCUGCUCAAAAUCGUCUUAUAUUUUUCUGUUAUUCGGAAACCUCCCUGUACCAGGUGACAUGUGCUCCUGUACGUGCUCAUUUUCUUCGAAAACUUGGAUUCUGAAGCAAUUAGGUAAUAUUCCAGCACCGUAGAUGAAGAAAUAGAUGAAAGACUAUCGUCCAUGCCAUGUCUAUUGUACACUGUCGUGCGAGUAAUAAUGACCUUGUUGUGUAUAGUCUAAGUUAAUUAUUGAACCUGUACGUUACAUCUUCGCUUCUUAUCAACUGAGUUGCAGUUUGGCUGCGAACGAAGCCUCAAAACGCGCCGCUUUUAUCGGUGUUUAACCCGAUAAUGUAUAAUUCACCCUGCUGACUGGAACAGAGUUAUAGUUCUGAAAUUUCCGGUUCCUGACACGCUAUUAAGAAGAUUUUAUUUAUCAGUAAAUAAACGAUAUACAUGACCAUGUUCUUGCAAGUUUAUCAUUGCACUACCGGUGUGUUUCCUCCUAAUUUUUCCUGUAGACAUUUUUUCAACUGUAUUUAAUAUAUUUUCCGCCAAGA